AUGCUGGGUUCCCGGCCAAACGCGUGCCCUCCUUGUCCCGCGUGGCCACCGCCGGAGCCGUUGAUCCAGAAUGGUGGGGCCGUAGGCAUCAGCUCAAACCUGCCGUGGUCUUUCCUCGAUUUGACAGCCCCGAUCAGGUCGCAGAUAUUUUUCAACUUGGUGGGCGACCUGCUCUGCUACAGUGGAGCCAACGAGGUGAACUUGCAGUUGAGCAUUGUCCGAUCAGCCU